AUGGAUGGAAGUGAUAUAUACAAAGCAAGUAAUAGUAUAAGGUUAGGAAAGUUUAGAACAAAUAGUAGUGGUGGACAAAUAAGAAGUUUGAGGUCUUCAAGUACUUCGCUAUGGAGGAAUUCUGGCAUGAACGUUUUUUCAAGAUCGGAUCGUGAUCAUGAAGAAAACGAUGAAGAGGCUCUUAAAUGGGCUAAUCUCGAAAAGCUACCAACAUUUGACCGUUUGAAGAAAGGUCUUUUGUUUGGAUCAAGUGGGCCUUCUAAUGAAGUUGAUGUCGAUAAUCUUGGAAUCGAAGACAGAAAGCGAUUGCUUGAUCGCCUUGUACAUGCUGCGGAUGAAGAUAAUGAGAAGUUCUUGUUGAGACUUAGAAACAGAAUUGACAGGGUUGGAAUUGACGUGCCAACAAUUGAAGUUAAAUUUGAGCAUUUGACUGUGGAAGCUGAUGUCAAUACUGGAAGCAGAGCUUUACCUAGUUUUAUCAAUUUCUACCUUGAUGUUGCGGAGGGUGUCCUGAGUUAUUUUGGUUUGCUUCGGAAUAAGAAAAAACAUAUAACGAUCCUUGACGAUGUCAGUGGUAUCAUCAAACCGGGCAGAAUGACAUUACUUUUGGGUCCUCCGAGUUCGGGGAAGACAACGUUGCUAUUGGCUUUGGCUGGAAGCCUUGCUAGGGAGCUUCAGCUUUCUGGAAAGGUGACGUACAACGGGCAUGAGUUACACGAGUUUGUACCCAAGAAAACAUCUGCAUAUAUCAGUCAAAAUGAUCUUCAUAUUGGAGAACUGACGGUUAGGGAAACAUUAGCCUUCUCUGCCCGAUGCCAAGGGGUUGGGUCACGUUAUGAGAUGUUGGUGGAGUUGACAAGAAGAGAGAAAAAUGCAAACAUCAAGCCAGAUCCUGAUAUUGAUAUCUACAUGAAGGCUGCUGCCACGGAAGGUCAAGAAGCUAAUGUGGUAACAGAUUAUACGCUCAAGAUAUUGGGGUUAGACAUAUGUGCAGACACCUUAGUAGGGGAUCGAAUGACAAGAGGUAUCUCCGGCGGGCAAAAAAAGCGUGUUACAACAGGAGAAAUGUUAGUUGGACCAUCAAAGGUUCUUCUAAUGGAUGAGAUAUCUACUGGUUUGGAUAGUUCCACAACUUUCCAAAUAGUGAAUUCGCUCAAGCAUUAUGUUCAUAUUCUUGAGGGAACAGCUAUCAUAUCCCUUCUGCAGCCUGCACCAGAAACAUACGAUCUAUUUGACGAUAUUGUACUUUUAAGUGAUGGUAAAAUCGUGUAUAAAGGUCCACGCGAAAAUGUUCUUGAGUUUUUUGAAUCAGUUGGAUUCAAAUGCCCAGAGAGGAAAGGCGUUGCAGACUUUUUGCAAGAAGUCACAUCAAAGAAAGACCAGAAGCAAUAUUGGAUGAGAAGAGACCAACCUUACAGAUUUGUGACAGCAAAGGAAUUCGCUAAGGCAUACGAAUCAUUUCAUAUCGGAAGGAGAUUAGGAAACGAAAUUGCUACGCCAUAUGACAAAAGCAAAAGCCACCCUGCAGCUCUUACAACCGACAAAUACGGUUUAAGCAAGAAGCAACUGUUUAAAGCUUGCUUUGAUAGAGAAAUAUUGCUUAUGAAGAGAAAUUCUUUUGUCUACCUCUUCAAACUAACCCAACUAACAAUAAUGGCGUUUGUCAGUAUGACUGUGUUUUUCCGCACUAAGAUGCAUAGAAAUGGUAUAGAAGAUGGAGGACUUUAUGUUGGUGCUUUGUUCUUUGGCGUCACCAUGGUCAUGUUCAACGGGAUGGCUGAGAUUUCAAUGACAAUCGCAAAGCUUCCUGUUUUCUACAAGCAUCGGAAUUUUUUCUUCUUUCCUUCAUGGGCGUACGCUCUUCCAACAUGGUUUGUCAAGAUUCCCGUUUCAUUAGCUGAAGCCGCACUUUGGACUUGUCUCACUUACUACGUUAUGGGAUUUGACCCUAAUGUCUGGAGAUUUCUCAAAUAUUUCUUACUACUCGUGGCCGUUAACCAGAUGUCAUCUGGUUUGUUCCGAUUCAUUGGGUCUGCGGGUCGCAACAUGAUUGUUGCAAACACGGCGGGUUCCUUUGCACUUCUCAUACUUUUUGCAUUGGGUGGAUUUGUUUUAUCCCGAGAGGAUGUGAAAGACUGGUGGAUUUGGGGAUAUUGGUUUUCACCAAUGAUGUACGCAAUGAAUGGAAUUGUGGUAAAUGAAUACCUUGGACACAAGUUUAAUAAGCCUUUUGGCAACUCAACACUAGGGAAAGUCAUUGUUACUUCUCGAGGAUUGUUCGCAGAGAGUUACUGGUAUUGGAUUGCUAUCGCGGCUUUGCUCGGUUUCAUGUUACUAUACAAUCUGUGUUAUCUUGUGUCUCUCGAGUUUCUUGAUUCGUUUGGGAAAGCUCAAUCAAAUGCAGCAGCAGAGGAGGAAGACCGUGAUGCGGGAGGCAUUGAAGUGUCAUCCGCAAAUGACGCACAUCAAAACAAGAAAAGAGGAAUGGUGCUUCCAUUUGAACCACAUUCCAUUACAUUUAAUAAUAUCAACUACUCCGUUGAUAUGCCACAGGAAAUGAAAGUGCAAGGUGUUAGCGAAGACAGAUUGUUGCUACUUAAGGAUUUAAGUGGAGCUUUUCGACCCGGUGUUCUUACAGCGCUUAUGGGGGUUAGUGGUGCUGGUAAAACUACUCUGAUGGAUGUGCUUGCUGGUAGAAAAACGGGUGGAAUUGUAGAGGGCGACAUUCGGAUUUCUGGUUAUCCAAAGAAACAGGAAACUUUUGCUCGAAUUUCUGGAUACUGUGAACAAAAUGACAUCCAUUCUCCUCAUGUUACUGUUUAUGAAUCCUUGUUGUACUCAGCUUGGCUAAGGUUGCCAGCAGAUGUUAAUGCAGACGCCAGAAAGAUGUUUGUCGAUGAAGUGAUGGAGUUGGUGGAACUGAACCCUUUGAGACAUGCUCUAGUCGGUUUGCCAGGUAUCAAUGGACUGUCAACUGAACAGCGAAAAAGGUUAACAAUUGCAGUGGAGCUUGUAGCUAAUCCAUCUAUAAUUUUUAUGGAUGAGCCAACCUCGGGUCUAGAUGCAAGAGCGGCUGCAAUUGUGAUGAGAACCGUAAGAAACACAGUUGAUACAGGAAGAACAGUUGUAUGCACCAUUCAUCAACCUAGCAUCGACAUAUUUGAAGCUUUUGAUGAGUUGUUCUUGAUGAAAAGAGGAGGAAAAGAGAUAUAUGUUGGACCCGUUGGUCGUCAAUCCUGUGAAUUGAUUAAGUACUUUGAGGAUAUCGAAGGGGUGAGUAAAAUUAAAGACGGAUAUAACCCUGCGACUUGGAUGUUAGAAGUCACUACUUCCUCUCAGGAAUUGGCUAUGGGGGUUGAUUUCACAGAAAUUUACAAGAAAUCGGAGCUUUAUACGAGAAACAAUGCACUUAUAGCGGAACUAAGUGAACCACGCCCUGGAUCAAACGACCUCUAUUAUCCAUCUCAAUACUCCACACCAUUCUUCACACAAUGCUGGGCUUGUCUGUGGAAACAACGAUUAUCAUAUUGGAGAAACCCUCCGUACACUGCUGUUCGUUUCGCUUUCACCACUUUCAUUGGCCUCAUGUUUGGAUCUAUUUUCUGGCAGCUUGGUAGUAAAAGGAAAACAACGCAGGACUUGAGUAACGCUAUGGGUUCUCUUUAUACCUCGGUUCUCUUCUUAGGAGUCCAGAAUGCAUCCGCAGUGCAGCCUGUUGUCGACAUUGAACGAACUGUUUUCUAUAGAGAACGAGCAGCUGGAAUGUAUUCUGCGUUGCCAUAUGCCUUUGCACAGGUUUUGGUGGAAUUACCGUAUAUAUUUAUACAAGCUACGGUGUAUGGUCUUAUAGUGUAUUCGAUGAUAGGAUUCGACUGGACAGCCACAAAAUUCUUUUGGUUUUUGUUCUUCUUUUUCAGCUGUUUGCUCUACAUGACAUUCUAUGGUAUGAUGACCGUUGCAAUUACUCCCAAUGGAGACAUCGCUGCCAUCAUUGCCGCUGCCUUUUACUCGCUAUGGAAUUUGUUCUCCGGAUUCAUUAUCCCAAGACCUAAAAUUCCGAUAUGGUGGAGGUGGUAUUACUGGGCAAAUCCAUUGGCAUGGACACUCUACGGUUUACUUGUGUCACAGUUUGGGGAUUAUGAUGACGUGCUUUCAAACGGAGAGACCGUGAAAGAUUAUUUGCGUAGAUAUUUUGGGUACAAACAUGACUUCCUUGGUGCCUUGGCUGGUGUUCAUGUGGGAUUAGUGGUCGCUUUUGCAGUAAUAUUUGCUUAUUGUAUCAGAUCCUUUAAUUUCCAGAAGAGAUGAACACUAUAUUGUUAAAGGGAGCGUACAUUUCAUUGUUUCAAAUAUAGUUUGAGUUGGUUGUGAAAAAUAGAAUAUAUCCAUUGUACCUUCCGGUUAAGAUUAUUAUUUUUUCA